UCUCCCCAAUCUCCUUCUCUACCACCAUGCCCGCCUCGCUCCUCCCCCCGACCUUCCUCCCCCACCACCGCCACCGCCACCGCCACCGCCUCCGUUUACCUCUACCCAGCUGCUCCCCUUCUUCCUCAGUCUCCACUUCCACCGCCAGCCGCUACGACUUCGAGCCGCUGCUCGCCUACCUCUCCGACCCCUCCACCGUCGCCUCCCUCACGUCGCCGUCCCCUCCGCCCUCCGUUCCCGCCCCCGAGCACCGCCUCGCCGCCUCCUACUCCGCCGUGCCAUCGCACGAGUGGCACGCUCUGCUACGGGGCCUCGCCGCCAGCGACGCGUCCCUGCCGCUCGCCUUCGCGCUGCUCCCCUUCCUCCAGCGCCACCGCCUCUGCUUCCCGCUCGACCUGCUCCUCUCGUCGCUCAUCCACUCCCUCUCCGUCUCCGGGCGCCUGCUCCCGCACUCGCUGCUGCUCUCCUUCCCCCCGUCCCUCUCCGACCCGCCCUCGCCGCUGCUGCUCAACUCCCUCCUCGCCGCCUCCGCCGCGGCCUCCCGCCCCGCCGUCGCGCUGCGGCUCCUCGCGCUCCUCCGCGAGAACAACUUCCUCCCGGACCUCGCCUCCUACUCGCACCUCAUCACCUCGCUGCUCAACACGCGGGACCCGCCCGACGCCGCCAUCCUCGAGCGCCUCCUCGGCGACCUCAAAGAGUCGCGCCUCGAGCCGGACGCCCCGCUCUUCUCCGACCUCAUCUCCGCCUUCGCGCGGGCCGCGCUCCCGGACGCAGCGCUCGAGCUCCUCGCCUCCGCGCAGGCCAUCGGGCUCACGCCACGCUCCAAUGCCGUCACCGCGCUCAUCUCCGCGCUCGGUGUCGCGGGCCGCGUGCCCGAAGCUGAAGCGCUGUUCCUGGAAUUCUUCCUCGCCGGAGAAAUCAAGCCGAGGACACGCGCCUACAACGCGCUGCUCAAAGGGUAUGUGAAAAUUGGGUCGCUCAAGAACGCCGAGCAGGUGCUCGACGAAAUGUCGGACUGUGGAGUAGCGCCGGAUGAGGCCACUUACAGCUUGCUCGUGGACGCGUACACGAGGGCUGGGCGGUGGGAGAGCGCAAGGAUACUGCUCAAGGAGAUGGACGCUGAUGGGGUCAAACCGAGCUCGUAUGUGUUCAGCCGGAUCCUCGCGGGAUUCCGUGAUAGGGGGGAAUGGCAGAAGUCAUUUGCGGUACUUCGUGAGAUGCAGGCAAUUGGCGUACAUCCAGACCGGCAUUUCUACAAUGUCAUGAUAGAUGCGUUUGGGAAGUACAAUUGCCUUGGGCACGCCAUGGAUGCAUUUAACCGGAUGCGACAAGAAGGGAUUGAGCCGGAUGUUGUCACAUGGAACACACUUAUCGAUGCACAUUGUAAGGGAGGGCGGCAUGAUCGUGCCAUGGAGCUGUUUAACGAGAUGCGUGAAAGCAACUGCCCACCAAGCACGACUACAUACAACAUCAUGAUCAAUUUGCUUGGUGAACAAGAGCAGUGGGCGAGGGUGGAAACAAUGAUGUCAGAGAUGAAGGAACAGGGUUUGCUUCCCAACAUUAUCACCUACACUACACUUGUGGAUGUGUAUGGGAGAUCUGGUAGAUUCAAGGAGGCAAUUGAUUGCAUUGAGGCGAUGAAGGCCGACGGCCUCAAGCCAUCCCACACCAUGUACCAUGCCCUUGUCAAUGCGUACGCCCAAAGGGGUUUAGCAGACCAUGCAUUAAAUGUGGUCAAGGCCAUGAGGACCGAUGGCUUAGAGGCUAGCACGGUAGUGCUCAACUCACUGAUUAAUGCUUUUGGUGAGGAUAGAAGGGUUGUUGAAGCAUUCUCCGUGCUUCAGUUCAUGAAGGAAAAUGAUUUUAGGCCCGACGUUAUUACAUACACGACACUGAUGAAAGCUCUAAUCCGCGUUGAGCAGUUUGACAAGGUUCCAGUUAUCUACGAAGAAAUGAUUACAGCAGGAUGUGCCCCUGAUCGGAAAGCUAGAGCGAUGCUGCGCUCAGCUUUAAGAUAUAUGAAACACACGAGGGUUGCAUAGGCUAUUUGAACACGGGUUUCUAAUCAUUGCUGCAGCACAAUGUUUCUGGUGAUCUUAUUAAGCUCGCAAAGGAAGCCUGGACUAUAAUCGUAAGCUGCGGCACUGAUUACUGAUAAGGGGCGACUGUAACUGAUACCAUCAUGUGCACAGGAAUACGUUUACUAUAAUCAACAAUAAUGGACCUCACAAAUAGAUUGCAAGAGAAAAUUAUACCUGCUGAAUGUCAACUUGUUCCGCCUUGUGCAGUACCACACAUAUUUCUUAUGGUGCCUGCAUAAAGAUGCAAUGACACAUUUGAACUCAUGACUGAUACCAAGCUUUUGAGGAUCAAACAGAAGAAUAAGUUCACACUCAGCAGCAACCAUGAAGGUCCUCCCAGUGUAAUCAGAGCUACUUUUCACAAGAGUGACCACCAGGAUUGUCAAAAAAUAACUAGUACGAAAAAAGAAGACAUCAACCAGCUUCUGGAAUGAAUGGCUUACAUGCCAUAGUACCACAAUUAAAGCUUAGUGAUUGCGGCAUCCGAAAGCAUUCAAACUUUGACAGAAUCUUUAAAGAAAAACUGUGAUGUGCUUAUUUCUCAUACAGUCAAGUAUUUAUCUUAGUAUUGAUUAUUGAAGGAAGGCCAUUCACCACAGCAGUUCUCUGGUAAUAAUGCAAAAAAACUAGUAACAACAUACAAGGUGACAUGUAAAAUGGAUGUGAAGCUUGAGGAAUAGUUUGUUGUCGUUCCAGGAUUUAUCACCCGAUUUUCAUGUGCAAUAUUUUUUUCCUGUGCA